UCAACUUCCUUUGUACAGUGUCAGCGUGUUGUUUUGAUGUGGAUUUCACAACUGUGUUGUGAAUAACUGGCGCCACACAUUCAACACUUGUUGGAUUCACCAACAACUGACACACUGUCAAUAUGCCACAGAACGAGCACAUAGAACUCCAUCAAAAGAGGCAUGGACGCAGACUUAACUAUGAAGAAAAGAAGAGGAAAAAAGGAAGGCCGUCUGCCCCACGAGUUGGCAGAGAAGGCAAAGAAACUACGGGGAAUAAAAGCAAAAUUAUAUAACAAGAAGAGGCACUCAGAAAAAAUACAGAUGAAGAAGACCAUCAAGAUGCAUGAGGAGAGGAAGACGAAGCAGAAGAAGAGUGAUGAGGUUCCUCAGGGAGCAGUGCCAGCCUAUCUGCUGGACAGAGAGGGUCAGUCCAGGGCCAAGGUCCUGUCUAACAUGAUUAAACAGAAGAGGAAAGAAAAAGCUGGCAAGUGGGAUGUUCCUCUUCCUAAAGUUAAAGGAAUGAGUGAAUCAGAGGUUUUCAAAGUGGUCAAGACUGGAAAAACCAAACGGAAAGCAUGGAAGAGAAUGGUCACCAAGGUUACAUUUGUGGGAGAAGGUUUCACAAGGAAACCACCAAAGUUUGAAAGAUUCAUUCGACCGAUGGGUCUCCGAUUCGGAAAGGCACAUGUCACACAUCCUGAGCUGAAAGCCACAUUCUGUCUUCCCAUUAUUGGUGUCAAGAAAAACCCAAGUUCUACAAUGUACACAUCACUAGGCGUUAUUACAAAGGGAACAGUUAUAGAGGUUAACAUCAGUGAGCUGGGUCUGGUGACACAAGGAGGAAAAGUUAUCUGGGGUAAAUAUGCACAAGUUACCAACAACCCCGAGAAUGAUGGCUGUAUUAACGCGGUGUUGUUAGUGUGAGAGGAGAUUUGUGAGAGUUUUGAAAACUGAACAUCCUGGAGUACGUUUGAAUCAAGGCAAAUGAGAUCAGAGUCUGUGUUCUGACAUGGUGACGGAAGGAAAUUCAGGGAGACAUUUAUGGAUCUAAAUACGUGAAAAUAUUGCCAGCCAAUCUGAAAGACCAGUGUUGGAGGACUUGCUUCACAAGCUAGCGGCUCUACAUUUGUAUUAUCACAGCUGGGGUUUCACAACUUGAAAUAAAAUAAGUCUGUGAUUUAUGUC